AGGGAUAGAUCUAGAUUUCUUUCUUUUCUACUAUUUCCCUUUUUUUUUUUUUUAAUUUUAGGUGGUGAUGGUUGUUAAGCAGUAUUUAGUUGAUGAGAAAAACGGCAUGGAGUAUACCAAAUUGCUUUUCUUUUCUUUCAAUUUUACUUUUUCCAGAGAUUGUCUAUUUUAGGGUUACAUGGGUUGUUGCGAUCUGUUAUUGGGUAUUUGGGCUGGUGAGAAAAUGUAGGGAAGGAAAUGUAAAUUAAAGAUUUUAAAAUUCCGUUUUAUUUUCUUUUGGUUCAUUCUCCAGAGAUCAGAGGAAAAUUAACCUAAUUAGAUUGGGCUUUUUUUUAAUGGGUCCAGUUUCUAUAUCUUUUUGGAUAAUUAAGAAGUACAAAUGGGAUAAUUAGUAUCAAAUUACGGUGCUUCUAUAUUGAGCUGGUGGCCUUUUGCAUUUCUAUUUUAAGUAAACCUGUGGAUUUGCGAGGAUAUAUAGCUAAUGUUUAGGGAUAUGAAUUACUUACAAAAUAUGGGUGUUUUACUCUUGAAAAUUUGAUAUUAUGGGAUAUCUUAUUUUGAUUUGAGCUAGUUUGUGCUAGUCUCUUUUACCAUUAAUGUAAUAUUCUUCCCCUAUACUCGUUAAUACGAGUGAGAUGAAGUUUAUUCUUGGAAAGCCAAAAUAAUACUAUCUUAACCAUGCGGAUUAAGUUUCUAUUCUCUCUCUCUCUCUCCGGCUUUUCAUUUUCUCCACUCACGCAUCUGGAAAAGAUGUGAAGAAACCACUACCACUAAAUACUCAUUCAUGAUAGAAGUGAAGUGAUGCAGAAGUGGUUUGCCUUUUUUUCGUUGUCAUGUAGGAGCAUCACUAUGCAUCUUGGAGAUGGAGUACCUUUACCUUGUGAGAUCAAUUAUUUAUAUGCUGCAUAUAACUUAUUUGACUCUAGAUAUGCAAUCAUUAUCACUGUAUAAUGGUGCUAGAGAUUCUGUAAAGACUUCUCAGCAGUCAUCACAGGGAUUUUGCACAUCCUUAUAUUCUCUUAUAGCCGCUUUAGUGCUAUUUCCAUGCCAUGCUAAAUGAAGUGGCUUUAAGGCUUGUAAUUCAGUCAAUGUAUAACCUUCUCUCUAAACAUCUCAAUAAGUUAUUUGUUGUGCAUCUCAAUGAUGCGAGUCAAAGUCCUACUAAACAGAAGAUGAUGAAAACAAGAUUAGCGUUUUUUAAGGGAUGUGAAUGUUACUGCAUGUUAGAGAAAUGGAAGUCUAGGUUGUUCUGAGAGAUGAAAUUGGUGAAUUGCAAGUUUUCCCAUUUCAGGAGGUUUUCCUCCCCUUUUAUUAGAGCUCUUUAUCUAAUGGUGGUUUUUGUUGGUUUCUUAACUCUGCACUUAGAUUCAGUGGCCUUGAUUGCAGCUCAGAUCCUCUCUGCUUGGCCAAAUUGAAUGCGUUUAAUCUUUCCCAGAUGUUUUUAAUCAAAUUAGGUUUCUUUAAUUGGUUUUGUUAUUCUUGUCACUGGAAUCUGGGAGUCAUGCACCUUCAUUGCUCUGAUCUGGCAUCUAAAGCCUGAAGGCAUGUAUCCACCCUGGGCCUGUGCUUGGAGAUAAUUGGUAGCUAUACAAGGGAUCCUAAUGCAUGAGGCUCUAUGCCAUGUAAGGAUCAUGAUAUAGUAGCAAGUUUCAAUGUGGAGAAGUCAUCUCCCUUUCUGGAAGACAAUAUCUUGCAGCUUGAGGAUGACAUUUUUGAUGAAAUAAGCUUUCCUAGCAUCAAGGUGGUCAUCUUGUCUCUAGAACCUUCAGCGGGACCAAACACAACAAAGGUUGUGUUUGGAGUUGAUGCUGAUGCAAAGUAUUCAAAAUUAUCAUCAACUACUGAAAGUCUAAUCAGGGCCUCUUUUGAGUUUUUGGUUGUAAAUCAAUCAUUCCACUUGACUAAACCCUUAUUUGGUGAUCCAUUCUCUUUUGAGGUGCUAAAAUUCCCUGGAGGAAUCACUAUAAUUCCACCACAGAGUGCUUUUCUUCUGCAGAAAGCACAAAUACGAUUCAACUUCACUUUGAACUUUUCUAUUUAUCAAAUACAAGUAAAUUUUGCUGAACUAACAAGUCAGCUGAAGUCAGGCCUACAUCUAGCGCCUUAUGAGAACUUGUACAUAAGUUUAUCAAACUCCAAAGGUUCAACGGUGGCUCCUCCUACUACUGUUCAGUCAUCCGUUGUGCUGGCCAUUGGGAAUACUCCCUCAAUGCGAAGGUUAAAGCAACUAGCUCAAACUAUAGCAGGUCAUUCGAGGAACCUUGGCCUGAAUAACACUGUUUUUGGUAAAGUUAAGCAAGUGCGUCUUUCAUCUAUCUUGCAACAUUCACUUCAUGGUGGCGAAGGCAGUCCCUCACCUUCUCCUGCUCCCCUCCCUCAUCCUCAGUACCAUCACCACCACCACCAUCACCAUCAUCACCACCACCAUAACACAUAUAUGGCUCCUUCAAUCUCACCUGCACCUGCCACUCAGAAUGGUGCCCCUGCACCCCUUGAACAUUUGCCUGGCUCGCCGAAAAAUUCACCCGCUCCUCAUUAUAGUAAAGCAAAGCCUCCUGGUUGCCAACUUGGGGGUAAUAGAAGGUAUCCUGGGAGUGGCAGAAAGCGAUCUCAUUUAACCCCUACGGUUCCGCCAAAUAUUUCUCCUUACAUUUCUCCUGCUUCAGCAGAACCUCACAUCAGUCGCCCUGCAUUAUCACCAACACCGCCACCAAUCUCCCGAACAAUUCCUGCAUCUAGUCCAUUGCCAAAUGUUGUUUUUGCUCAUGUUCAGCCACCAAAGGCAAAAUCAGGAGAAGCACAUUCUGACACGUUGCCACCUGUUUCACCGUUACCAUCACAAUCACCACUGUCAUCUUCUGCAGGUUUUGCUGCUGUUGGAUGGGCACUUUCACUAUCUGUAGCUGUUGUACUACAUUUAUAACAAAGAAAAGAAGAAACAAUCUAUUUCGUAGUUAAAAUACUCCUCUGGGAUUCAAGGAUCGCAACCGAAUCAUUCGAAUCAACUGAAACAGAUAAAGUAGAGGAGUUUUUGUAACCGAGAGCAACGCAGAAGGCGUGCCUCACAUCUGAGUGGAUAUAUGUUGUUUUGUGCUUGUAAAUAUUUGAUUAGAAGUUCAGCUAGCAUUGCAUUUUCUGGUCAAAGUCACAGAGGUGACGGGCCCUUGAUUGCAUUGCUACUGUUGUGUAUUCCCUGCUGCAGAAAUGUAAGGAGGAAAAAAAAGAAGAAAAAAAAGGAUAAUUCGUACCA